GUUUGGACCGACCAAGAGACUCGACACGAUGUCUCAACAGCCCAGCAGGAUCGUGAUAUAUUCUGACGGGACCGGCCAAUCAGAAUAUAACCUCGACAAACGACCUACAAACGUAUCACGGAUCAAGCGUUACGUCAGGGCCAUAACCAGCGAUAACACCCGUCAAUCAACUUUUUAUGUCCAAGGGAUUGGCGCAGAGGGCUUCCACACAGAUAGACUGCACCAGGCCAAUGCCAAAGGUAUCGAAGACAGGAUCAAAGCAGGUUACACCAUUAUUUGCGACAACUAUAGCCACAACAAUGGCGAUCAGAUAAUCCUCCUGGGAUUCUCCAGGGGCACAUUCAUUAUGAGAUGUGUGGCUGAUAUGGUGGGCAGAAUCGGGGUGCUCACAAAAGCUGCCACCCAUCUUGUCAACCUCGUCUUUGAAAAAUGGAAAGCAAGCAAAGGGCGCCUGUACCCACGACAUGAUCCCGAUUUGGUGCAAGUUGACUUUGAAGAUACUCCCCCAACCGGUGAUGAGCAAGUUGCUGUCUCAGAAGUUGUUCCAAGCCUGAAAGAUGUGGAUCCAAAUGACAAGGAUGCCCUUUUCACAUUUUUGUUGCAACACAGCACGUAUCUACUCCGCGACGUUCCCAUCAAGGUCUGCGCGCUAUGGGAUACAGUUGCGGCAAUCAAUACGCCCCUUCUUGCAAUCCAGCCGAUACGGGUUCCCAGCGAGUUCGCCUUUGUCAACUCGGAACUGGGCAACGAAAUCGAAAAUGCGGUACAUGCACUUUCCCUCCACGAACGUCGUAGGCCUUUUCUGCCGCUUGUCUGGAGGAUAUCUGAUACCGAAGGAACACUUAUAAACAAGAGUCGAAGAUUACGACAGUGCUGGUUUGUAGGAUACCACAGCGAUAUUGGUGGCGGAAGGAAGUCUCAGGGCCUUAGUCAUAUUUCACUCGCGUGGAUGAUUGCAAGGCUUCAACCUUUUCUGGAGUUUGAGGUCGCCAACUUUUCUAGCCCUCUACCAACAAAGUCAAGCUGGAAAUUCCAUGAAGAACCUGACAGUGGUGGCUCAUCUAUCUUACGUCCCGAAAUCAUUGGACCUGACUCGAUGACACCAAUGUUUCGCAUCGCAGGAAAGAAACACCGGAAACCACGUCGGCAUUUCUGGACAACAACCGCCUUCGAAAACAUCAAAGAGCCAAGUGUCAACGCAAUGGACUCCAAGGAGACCAUACACUGGACGGUCAGUGUCAUAAAUGGGCAACAAGAGGCAUCGGCGACACUGGAAACUCCCACUAAAAUCCUCAGUCGUUCGAAACUACCGCGUCUGCGAAGAGCCGGCCUCGGAGGCGGAUCGAAAUCCUGGGGUUGA